CAGGGCUGCGCUCACCGACUCGACACCGCCAACAGGGAUGCAGCGAGGGCGCAGCGCAGCCUGAAAAAUGGCACCACCACGCGUCCUGUGGAUCUAUCCAUCCCUUUUCCUCCUGUCCUCCCUGCUUCUGCUUUUUCACGCGUUGUCGCCGUGCCGAGCCUUACGGAAUUACCCGGAGAAUGAAGUUACGUUGCUGGACUCCAUGUCAGCCUUGGCUGACCUGGGCUGGGAGGCUUAUCCUAAUGAGGGGUGGGAGGAGAUCAGUGUGAUGGAUGAGAGGAACACCCCGAUGAGGACCUACCAGGUGUGCAACGUCAUGGAGGCCAACCAGAACAACUGGCUGAGGACGCGUCACAUCAGCCGAGAAGGAGCGCAGCGAGUCCACAUUGAGAUCAAGUUCACCCUGAGGGACUGUAACAGCCUGCCAGGGGUACCUGGCACCUGCAAGGAGACGUUCAACAUGUACUACUAUGAGUCCAACAAUGCUAACGUGUGGUUCAUCAAGGAAAGCCAGUAUGUCAAGAUUGAUACUAUUGCUGCAGAUGAGAGUUUUACACAGGUGGAUGUUGGCGACCGUGUGAUGAAGCUGAACACGGAGGUACGGGACAUCAGCAACCUGAGUAAAAAGGGUUUCUACCUGGCCUUCCAGGACCUGGGCGCCUGUAUCGCUCUGGUCUCUGUCAGGGUCUUCUACAAGAAGUGUCCCCUCACUGUGCUCAACCUGGCCCAGUUCCCUGACACGAUAACGGGCGGAGACACGGCGCUGGUGGAGGUCCACGGUGUGUGUGUGAACGCCUCUGAGGAGUUUGAGGCUCCAAAGAUGUACUGCAGUGCAGAUGGAGGCUGGCUGGUUCCCAUCGGGAGGUGUGUGUGCAAACCGGGUUUCGAGGAGAACAAGGACGUCUGCCAAUCAUGCAGACCAGGCACCUACAAAGCUUCAGCCACAGAUGCCUACUGCACCAAAUGUCCCCCUCACAGCUCGUCCCCGCAGGAACAAGCCGUCGAGUGCGUCUGCGAGAAGGGUUUCUACCGCGCCGAGACCGACCCACGCUCCAUGGCCUGCACACGUCCUCCAUCUGCUCCAGAGAACCCCAUCUCCACUGUGAACGAGACCUGCGUCACCUUGGAGUGGUCACCGCCCAGAGACACAGGAGGCCGGGGAGACAUCACCUACAGCCUCCACUGCAGGAAGUGCUCUGGUGACAGCAGGAAGUGCACACCAUGCGGUAGUAGCGUCCAUUUUGUUCCCAGACAGUUCGGCCUCUCGUCAGCCACCGUGCUGGUCACAGACCUGCAGCCGGACUCCAACUACAGCUUUACUGUUGAGAGCCAGAACGGAGUGUCGGAUCUAAGUCCCACACCCAGGGGAACAGUAGUCAUCAACGUCACUACUUCACAGACAGUGAGCGUCGUGUUGAAGGAGAGGCGGAGCAAGGACAGUGUGACUUUGGCCUGGCAGGGUCCAGAGAGACCAAAUGGAGCGAUAGUGGAGUAUGAGGUCAUCUACUAUGAGAAGAAUCAGCGGGAGCAGAACUACACAGUCUUGAAGACUCGCUCCAACAUGAUGACGGUGGACGGGCUGAAGCCAGGGACUACCUACGUGUUCAGGGUCAGGGCUCGGACUGAUGGGGGCUAUGGGAGCUACGGCGGAGAGAUUGAAUUGGAAACAAGCCACGAAGAUGUCUUUGCCAUCGGGGACCCUAACCAGUCCACCAUUCUGGCUGUGUCCAUCGCCGGGGGAAUCGUUCUGCUCAUCUUCCUGGUGACUUGCUUCGUUGUCAGCGGAAGGCACUGUGGAUAUAUUAAAGCCAAACAGGACCCUGACGAAGAGAAGAUGCAGUUCCAACAUGGCAGAGUUAAGCUGCCAGGCAGCAGGACCUACAUCCAUCCUCACACCUACGAAGACCCCAACCAGGCUGUCAGAGACUUUGCCAAAGAGAUCGAUGCUUCCAAUAUUCGCAUAGAGAGAGUCAUUGGAGCUGGAGAGUUUGGGGAGGUGUGCAGUGGUCGGUUGCGUGUUCAGGGAAAGAGGGAGAUCUAUGUGGCCAUCAAGAGUCUGAAGGCAGGAUACUCGGACAAACAGAGGAGGGACUUCCUGUCUGAGGCCUCCAUCAUGGGACAGUUUGACCACCCGAACAUCAUCAGGCUGGAGGGAGUCGUCACAAGAUGUAAACCAGUGAUGAUCAUAACGGAGUUCAUGGAAAACGGAUCUCUGGACACUUUCCUCAAGAAACACGACGGCCAGUUCACAGUGAUCCAGCUGGUUGGCAUGCUGCGUGGCAUCGCUUCAGGUAUGAAGUACCUGUCAGACAUGAGCUACGUUCACCGAGACCUGGCAGCUCGAAACAUCCUGGUCAACAGCAACCUGGUGUGUAAAGUGUCUGACUUUGGCCUGAGUCGGGUUCUGGAGGACGACCCAGAGGCUGCGUACACGACAAGGGGAGGGAAGAUCCCCAUCAGAUGGACCGCUCCAGAGGCCAUAGCCUACAGGAAGUUCACCUCAGCCAGCGAUGUGUGGAGUUACGGUAUCGUCAUGUGGGAGGUGAUUUCAUACGGCGAGAGACCCUACUGGGAGAUGUCCAACCAGGAUGUGAUCAAAGCAAUAGACGAGGGCUACCGUCUUCCUGCCCCUAUGGACUGUCCUGUGGUGUUGCACCAGCUCAUGUUGGACUGCUGGGAGAAGGGACGCAGCGACAGGCCAAAGUUUGGACAGAUUGUCACAAUCCUGGACAAGCUCAUCAGAAACCCAGCCAGCCUCAGAGAGCUGGCCAACAGCUCAGCAUGCAGGGAGGACCCGUCCACCCCAGAGUUCAGUGUGAGCACAGUGGAUGAGUGGUUGGAGGCCAUCAAGAUGGGCCAGUAUAAGGAGAACUUUUCCAGUGCUGGAUAUGUCAGCUUGGACUCAAUCCUCUACAUCAGUGUCAGUGAGUUGGCUAAGAUGGGUGUGAGUCUUGCCGGCCACCAGAAGAAGAUUUUGUCCAGCGUGCAGAGCCUGCAGACCCAGGGGACACACGUCCAAGUAUAACAGUUUCCACAAAAACACACAGUGAGACAGAGCCAAAAUGGAUGCUCCUGUGAAGAGUUUCCCAACUGAAAUGGAGUUGUAAUGGAUACUCUGUGCUCGGGCCUCCAUUGAUUUUGAGACACACUGAGACGGAGACAACAUGGACGCUUGACUCCUUCACCUUCUCGCAGUUUCACCAUUCUUCCCAUCCCUCGAUGGGCACUACCGGCUUUAGCACUCAGCAGCAACACAGCCACCAUUACGGAGCAGCAGAGAGACACACGUCCAACAACAAGGCCACAUCUAGAGCAUCCCAGACCAUUUCACAUCAUAUCAGCUCAACAAAAGAAGAAAAAAAAUAUUCUUAACAAAAGAAAUGACAAAAAAAAGAAAUUAGAAUAUAAUUAUCAUCACUGUCUGUGAGGUGUACAGUUGUUUUUUACUGUCAUUUUGUUUCUGUUCGGAGUUUUCACCUUGAAGAGUUUAAAAAGGGUCAGAAGAUAUGUAUAUGUGUAGAUAUAUGUUUAUAUGGGCUGUGUGUCCCACAACCGUAGAGAUGGACCUAACGUUUGUAUUGGUGGUGAGGUUUAUAUCGCUCAACCUUAAUGGGAGUUAUUACCUAGUACAUGUAUGGCCCCUUCCAUUGUAUACAGAAAGCCAAUAAGUGAGCCAAGGUACUGAAUGACAUGAAUGUGUGGGGGUUGAGGGGAGCAGAAAACUGGACCUUUAGAGAUAGAGAGGGAUGUAGAUUUUGCUAGCUCAUGUAGGAUGGAAGUAUGACUCAUUUAAAUAGUGUAUUUGACCAGGACAAGGGCUUCCCUAGAGACUGCUCUCAGACACACUUCCAUAGCAACUAGACCCAGUGCACCUUUGCCAGUCUGCUUGCACUUGUGAUGUAACUGAGUGCAAAGAAACUGCUUGAGCUGCAGUUGGCACAGAUACAUUUUUACUCUUCCAUAACUGACUGUCUAUUCCAAACAACAUUUUCUAUUCAGCUGUUGCAGCACAAUGUUGUUGGGAAUAUUUCAGCCCAAAAGUUUGCCUUCCCAUGUUUCAGGUGUGUUAAGAGAGUAUUGUGUUUCGUGUAGAGUGAAGGUGAUGCCAAGGUCAUCAUAGAGUUGACACUGUUAAGAACGUUUACCUUGUUUUUCCAGCGUUGUGCCAUGUAUAUUAGUAACCUUGAAAUGUUCAUGUGGGCAACGUAACACCGUUCCUACGUUACUGUGUCCUUUCAUCAGCUCCCAUGGCUGGAUGGUAACACAAGGCCAGUCACAGUAAUUACAUUGUUUUGUUCAAACAGUCUGCUUGAUGAAAAGGAGCAUUGGAAUGGAGCCCUUUUUUUUUCAGCAAGAUGAAAUAUACGCAGUGUUGAUUUUCAGCUGUGCCACCACGAGAGGGUAAAAAAAAAAAAAAAAAAAAAAAAGAUGAUUUGUGUGUCUUGUACUGUCUCACUUACUUGUUAUCAGCCAUGCCAACCUGUUUCAAGCAUCCCUAGUUUCAAACCAAUACUGAUAAGGUAAAUUUACAAAACAAUGUUUACAGCGAAAAGCAAAUAAAUUGGUUUGUUGGUUUUUCCUUAUCAGAGGAAAACUGCUGCUUAUCACAUUAAAUACAAGCUUAGAUAUGAUGGGACCCUCUUUGUGUGCACUGCAUUAAUGGCACUGAAUUUGCUUUAGUGUAUCCCCAAACCCAGUUUUAAUAUAUGUGGUACUCUAUAGGACCAACAGUGGCAUAAAGUACAGUAUAUAUGAUUGUAUCAUAGUGUAAAAUAUGUACAGUGUUGAUUUCCAAUGUUAGAAUGUUUGUAAUGAUAACGAUGAUGAUGACUAUGAUGUACUUUUAUUGUGAAAAAGAGAUUUCUGAAGUACUCGUUCAGGGGCGGGUCAUACAGGAGAAAGGUGAAGGAAGGUGGUCUGAACAAAGGAAUGUAGCAUGGCGCGAAGCUUCAGCUUUGAUGGACAGGUGACAGUGACUGCAGUUUCUACCAUAGUGUUAGGAUGAGUAGAAUGGACUUCCCUUAUUGAUACACUGGCUUCAUUUGCAUACCUCCCGUAAACAGUAAUUACAUGCACUUUUCAAGCCUGCGUCCGCCAACGAAACAACCUGUAAAAAUGCUUGUUUGGGUGAGGUAGAGAUGAAGGAGGGAGGUCGAGAAAAGAGACGUCCUCAGAUUGAAUUUCUAUCCACUGACAUCACAAACUGAACAGUAGCUAAACCCCUCCCCCAAGCGGAAACUGUCCAGUCAUAGCUUAGUGACUGUAACUAGGCACGGCAGACCUGUCAUGCUCUGCAUUUCUCCGCAUGCUUAAGGGAUUUGCAUGUAAGAAUAUGGAGGGUGGUGACUUUUUUUCAACCUUUCCAAAAUCCAAAAUACAAGAGCAGAUGUGUAUGGAAAGGAUUAAACAGUGUGUCUGUCUUCUAAUCUAAACUGCAACCGUUAGCAUGUCAUCCAACUCACUAACUACCUAUAAUAGUAAUAAAGCAAUACUUCCACUGCCAAGGUGCACGUCGCUAAUAAACUAGAUUACAUUUGUUUGAGCCCCAUUCACAACUAGCUCAUCCACUGUGUUGUAAAGCUGGUCUCGGAGCCAUCAGAUUCAAGGACACCAUUAGCUCUGCUAUGUUUGGCAAAUACAUCUGUUUGUCCUCAUACUAAAAGCCUUACGUUUAGUGAUGUCAACAGUGAACCAUGUUAUUUGAAAUCUGAAAACGGACGGCCUCUUUUAAUCCUCUUUUUCAAGUUUUUUUUUUAAAUUUUAAAACACAUGAGCUGGAAACAUUAAAGAAGACAGCCGGAGACUGUUUUCAGCCAACUCAUGGAGCCAACGUUAGCUUAACUAGCUUAGCCAGCUAGCUUUAGCUAUUACAAUAUGCCAGUUACAAAUGUCCUUUUAGCCAGAAAAAUAUGUUCGGUGGCUAGAAAUGAGAAGUCUGUUUUUGUCUACCUCUGUCUGAAAUCAAGGACCCAGUGCUUUAAAAAUGACCACGAAUUUUGAUGGUAAAUCUGCCACUUCAAGGCUGUGUUCAGAAAUGCAUACAAACCUACUACUAGGGUUGUCAUGAGAACCAAUACUUCGGUACCAAGUCAAUGCCAACAUUGCCAACAAUUUAUCGUGGUAUCAAAUGAAUAUCGAGAAUCGUGGAAAUUCACUGGUAUUGGUAUCGACUACUGAAAUUCUGGUAUCGUGACAAGCCUAGCAGUAGCUAAGCGGACAGGGCUUAGUGUCAGCUGGGCAGCAGAUUGAAAAACCACUAUCAGGCUCUUUAGUUGUGCUUUUUCUGCCCUGCUGUUUCAGAAUACAAAACAAAGCACAGUACAAUUGGGAGAGUCUGAAACUGUUAGUACAUUCUACUCUUGCUAACUCUAUGAUUUCACUCUAGCGGACUACCCUUGACCGCUGGCCUUUUAGAUGCCUUAUUUACUGAGCUAUUGUUCUUUUCUGUUGCCCUAUAGAGGCGAUAUUAAGAGUAAAGUGUAUGUACAGGUAGUAUUUAUCUGUGUUCUUAAGAUGACCUCACAUCAACACCCUGGUUUUGUAACAUCCCAGAGACGAACCCCCCCCCCCUCUCGCCGCACCUUCACUUUGACUCCUCAGAGCAGAACAAAGCUGUUUUGUUCUUAAAAUAUUACGAAGAAUCUUGAAGCUGAUGACCUGUAAAAGCUGUUGUUAUUUAUUUGAGUCAUAAGAUAUUCAAUUAGAUUAUGGAUGUUGUUAGCUUAGAAUUUGAUAUAGGCUAUAUUUGGUUGCAAAAUUAUUUCCACGUGCUAAAUUUCCUCAUGCAAUGUCAGGACUAGAAAAAGACAAAUUCACUCAAAAAAUAUGGGUGCAUUGCGACAAUGUCCUCCCUUUUUACAAGUUUGUUCAAUACCACCACUUUCUAAAUUUUAAGAAAACAGGGGUCAUACCCACACUUUGGUUCCAACUCUCAAAACCCCAGGUUUGUGUCACUAUUCACCCUAUCAAGGUUAGAUAUAUGGGAUGGUUUGCUUGAUCUCAAAUACAGUGUUUGUCCUUCAUUCCCCACCAGGUCUGUAUUGUAAGUGUUCAUGAGUGACUCUCAUUCAAGACUUUCAGCUCUCUCCUCUCUCUCUUUCUCUCUCUUUCUUUGGCCACCGUACAAUGCUUAUUUGUCCCCAUGCCAGUUUCCUCUGCGUUGCUUGUUGUAAAGGGUGUAGGCAUUCUAAUGUCUUUCAUGUUGCUGUAAUAAAUAUGCUAAUAUUUCUAAUUUCUCA